AUGGCAACUACUGCUGUCUGGGAUUACAACCGCUUCUGCCUGGAUCUGAUUCCCCAACCAAAGAAAGUCUACAACAUCAAAUACAUAAAUAUAGAGUUACCUCCCCCUCCAUCCCGCGCACACAUCGAAACAUGUGACUAUGACGACCAGUUUGAGGACACAGACGAAGAGGAUCUGUCGUUUUCUGAUGACGACGAAGAAACAAGUCAUAUUCCUGAGCGGUCACUUACAGCAUCAAGGGCACAAACCACCCAAACACCGAGCCGAGGCCUUGUAACGGCUAUUGGAGACUGUCUCCUGUUGUCGUCCUCAGAAUAUCUCAGGAACACCUAUAGUCCGGACGGGAUUAGAUGGACCACCAGCGCCAAGGAGUUUGGGGCUGCAGACAACCGACCUCACACCACACGAGUCAGACGGGCCCAGUCCAGACGACGGUCAUCUAACGGUCGACGGCCACACACUGUGGCUCCGGAUGUACCAACCGGCAAGGGCAGUCUCGCAACAUCUGCAUACGUGUCUCGCAGGAUGAGGUAUCUUCUGGACUCCAGAGCGUCCAUCUGCCCGAAUGUCCUGACCAAUGAGAUCCUGCCGUUGUAUCAGGGCGAUGGUGACGUUGCACCUAUAGAUCUACUCGACGGCGAAGGGGAGGAAGGCGAUGGCUUGCUGACCGGUAGAAAGUGUAGAAGGUUCAGAAAGAGAGUUCUCAACUAUAUAAGACAACGAAGAGUUUUACAGUCAUUUGAGAAGAAGCCUAAAACAGAUGCUUACCGGAAGUUCAGAAUGGUGGGAAGCAUCGUCACGACCCUUGUGCACAUGCUCAAAGCUAUCUCGGCCAACACCGAUAGCCUCACCACGAAGUCUGCAGCUGAAAUACAAUGGCAGGCUCUGUACAGCGACAAAGAUCCACAUAAACUGGCCUUCAACGUAUCGGUAUUCACAAGAGAGCGGGCCAUCGAGAAACUACCCAUGUGGUCGAUAGACAUCCUACAGAAGAACCCGGAAGUGAGAGAUGAUAUCGACUGUCGCAAGCUCCACACACUGUUAAAGGGAAUGAGGAGCUUUGACAAGUUCACGGAGAAAAUCCAAAAUUCUCUGUGCAAGACAUUUUCCUACAUGUGUUUCCAGGAGGGCCGUGUGAUAAUCAGACAAGGUCACGUAGGACAGAACUUCUACCUCAUCUAUUCCGGGUCUGUGUUUGUCAACGUCAUGGAGACGGGCACUAAUGGAAAGUUGUUCGUCAAGAACGAAGCCGUGUUGACUAAAGGCGAUUCAUUUGGGGAACUGGCCCUCCUCCAAGACAUCCGGCGUACUGCAACCAUCGUUGUCAGGGAAACCUGUGAGCUGCUGGUGGUCGAGAAGAAUGUCUUCUCGCACGUGUGUCCGAGAAUCUUCGAGAUUGAGCUUGAAGAGAAAGAGCAGAUUAUGAAGAAACUGCAUCUAUUCAACCCCAAGUGGUGGAGCGAAAGUGCCAAGAGGAACCUCGCCCUGACUGCCCAGAUACAAGACUACAAGACUAAUAAAGUCAUUGUACCCGACAGUGUGAGAGAAGAGUGGAUCUACGUCUGUAUUGAGGGGAAUUGUCAAGUAAUCCGAUGUCUCGAGAUGGACAAGAAAGAGGAGUUAUCUGCCCUUGCCAUCAGACGCCGAUCGACUGUUUUGCUGUCGGACGAAAUUUUGGACCUGCUCGGCAGUUUCCCGGAAUCCAAAUCAGUUCAAGAGAAGACAAGGCGCCAGUCUAAAAUGCAGGGACCAAGCUCGACGAAGGAGAAACUGCUGGGCUCGCUCGGUCUCGACUAUGUCGACACAGGGAGGAGACAGAAGGCCUUUAUCGAGGCCAUGGAACAGGUGGAGAAGAAGAAAGCGUUAUCAGCUGUGAGAGGUCACAUGACCUUGACCUCCUUCAUGAAGGACAAACUGGAGAAGACGACAUCGGACCUUGUAUUCCUACAUGUUGCCGUGCUGGACCCUCACGACAUAUUUGACCUCACGUGCGUGCUCAACCCAUAUCAGCGCCUGGGAAGCAGCUCUUUCAUGCUCGUUAGUGGGGGUGCCAGGAUAUUACGGAUCAGGAGGGACCACUUCCAACAAUUCGCCCCUCCCGCCGCCCUCGAGUACACCCGCACCCAGGCCUUCAAACAACGGUACCCCACUGACGACGUGCUUAUUAGGUCAUACAAAGAGCAGACUGACUGGGACGCUUUUAAGGGUAGCGUCGUCAGAGAUGUGAAGAGCAAACAAGUGAUCCUUCCUGACAGAAGGCGCUUUUACAAAAAGGCACCAAAGGUCAAAGACAAAAAGAGCCAGGUCUGGACAUUCCUUGUGGACAACAGAGUCGUUGAGCUGAAGAGCCUUCAGAAACGGAAACUUUUUGAACAAAAGGAAACUUCAGCCGCUGAGAGGGUGUGGAGUCAGGACCAUCGACCGGAAGUUGUCAGGUCAGUGCCGGAAAACUUCGUCAUGCGCAGACACCGGUCUGUCAGAUUCAGUGCCAACACGUCACUGGUUAGAAGGUUUCGCCCGAUUGAGAGCAAACCUGUUUCGAAAGAUGAAGACGAAGUGCCUGUAUUUAACAAAGGGAAGAGGCGUUCAGUUUCCAUUAAACUUCCAAUAGAGGAGGAGGAGGAACCGGAAGAUUAA